CAGCAACAAUAUCCCUGACAGGAUGCACUGCUUCCUCCAUCUGAUCAAAAUCUCCUUAUCCUCUUCUGAGCCGUCCACUGUACUUAAUUUCCAAUUUCCCGUUGCGUCCCCGUGAUUGUUUAUGACUGAUUCAAUCGUCCUUGGACCCUGACAUCGCGAGAGAGCAUCCGAGCAUCGCCUUGAUAUCCCGCCAUCAUGACGACCUCGUCCACCGAGAAGCUGGUAGAGAGCACGGAGAAGUUGGAGGCCCAGAUAAAGGCGGCAGAUAUGAACCCAGACAUGAUUCAGGAAUCAAUUGAAAUCGCGCAAGAAGCAAUGUCCAAACACACCGUCGAGAAGGAUAUUGCCAUGUAUAUCAAGAAAGAGUUCGACAGCCGAAAGGGGGCGACCUGGCAUUGCGUAGUUGGGCGCAACUUUGGUAGCUUUGUCACUCACGAGACAAAGCACUUCAUCUACUUCUACCUUGGGCAUUGUGCGAUUCUGCUCUUCAAGACCCAGUAAGCGAACAUGGGACGACGCGGAGCUACCGCAUGCGCUCAUGAUUUACGCUGCUGGAACGGAGUUUGCAAAGGCAUUGGAAGAACGCAUUUGAAAGAACGCCUUCAUGGUCAUCCUUGCUGGUGGGAGUGCGAGUACUUAUACAUACCUGCCCCGUUUAGGCCUUCGGUUCCUUGAGCGAAUUGCAAUUGGAUAUCGCUACAUACCCGGACAAUGCUGGGUCCUAUAUACUCUUAUCAAAUUUGAAUCGAUCGGUAAUAGGGGCUGGUACUUUCUUGAUCAAAUGGAG